UAUCUUUAUUUUUAUUUUUGGUCACGUGAUGUCAACAAGCUUGGGGUGCAGUAACUUUUGUAUAGAAUAUGAACUUGAACAGAGCGACUAAGUAGAGGACCAGGUUGAUAUAACACAAAGCUGUUGUCACGGUGAUCUGGCAGUGCUGGAGGACAAUCUACCAUGUCUGGGGAAUGUGGAAAGCUGCUAGAGACAAGCAAUGAUAAUGAUAAACUUCAGUAUGGGACGAUAACCAAGACCUUGAAUGAGGAAGAACACUCCACGGAACAACAGACUGACACAGCAGGACAGCCCCUUCGGAAUCCAUCAGCUGUGAUUCGGACGGACGGUUAUGUGGAGUUAAUGCGCGGAAAAGUCCCCUGUCCAACCUGUCGAGGGAAUGGAUCUAUACCCAAAGAACAAGAGAACGAACUCGUAGCUUUAAUCCCAGUCAGAGACGAUAGACUGAAACCCCGACGGACGUGCCUGUAUGUGUCUGUGGCUAUAGCGGUAUGUCUUGUGACAGCGGGUUUGCUGAUAUUCUUCAUGUUUCCCCGAGAUGUUAAACUCAGCAGCAACAUGAAAUUACUUCUUCCACACAACUUAACCAUCGACAGAGAGAAUAUGUUUGUCAGUUUCUUUAUUGUGAAUCCUUUCAAUGUAACAAAUUCUAAUUAUUUUGCGGUGAAAAUGCUGGAUGCAACCAUGUCUGUUGUGUUCUCAGAGAAAGUUCUGAAUACAUCGAAGGUGUCAGUGCAGAAGAAUGUGGACGUCCGGUCCCAGACUUCGUUCUCCAUCCCGAUCGGUAUAGAGUUCAACAAGAAAAAUGGGCUGGCAGAACUAGUAAAUGAUUGUGCGGAACCAUACAUAUUUUACCACAGAAGAGUCAUGUAUUUUUCGGUAACUGCAAAUUAUAACUUCCUUGGCAGAGAUGAAGAGACUUCACUGAACGUGUACUCGCUUGUCAGCUGUGGAAAUGACACUUUAAAUCUUCAGUGAGCGUUUUAAUGUGAUAAAAAUGAACAAUAUGGGCAUUGGAAAUGAUAGCGUGCUACAUGUUUUGUAUUGUAGGUUUUGUUAUCAUUUAGCUUCACUGCUGUUAUCUUAUUGUGCUGUAAGGGAGGUGGGUGUUUUGUAUAAUUAUAUAUGAGUUAUAUACCGGUACUUGUUCUUUGUGUAUUCAUGUACGUAGUUUAUAUUGUUAAAGUGUUUCCUCGAAGUUGAAGAAGAAUGUUUGAUAGACUCGAUAGACCCUAUGUACUUUGUGUGCGGAUAAUUUCACUCUAUCCAAUAUCAUGAAAUUAUCUGAAUUGUGUGCGGAUAAUUUCACUCUCUCCAAUAUCAUAAAAUUAUCUGAAUUGUGUGCGGAUAAUUUCCCUCUCUCCAAUAUCAUAAAAUUAUCUGAAUUGUGUGCGGAUAAUUUCACUCUAUCCAAUAUCAUAAAAUUAUCUGAAUUGUGUGCGGAUAAUUUCCCUCUCUCCAAUAUCAUAAAAUUAUCUGAAUUGUGUGCGGAUAAUUUCACUCUAUCCAAUCUGAAUUAUGGAUCGCAUGUUUUAAAUGAAAGGGAAAAUAAACUUAUACAUGUAGAUAAUAGGUUUUUAAAUGAAGAAAACUGAAUUUUGAGAGUUGAAAGAGUAUGUGUUUAUUUAAAAUUUUGUAAAAAUGUUUUAAAGGACUGUAUACUAUAAGACCUACAUCUGCCCCCACCAAAGUCGACUUCAUGCUUUUGCUUCAAAAUCUGCUUUUGUGCAGGAAUUACUAUUUAACGUAGAUGUUACUCUCAGUGUCAGGAAAACAGGAUCAGAUUUCUGAAUAUAAACAAAAUCAACUGUGUGAAAGAUAACAUUAAAAAUCAACUGUAUAAAUUAAUACAAUAACAAUCAACUGUAUAAAAUACUACAAUAACAAUCAACUGUAUAAAAUAAUACAAUAAACAUCAACUGUAUAAAAUACUACAAUAACAAUCAACUGUAUAGAACACUACUAACAAUAAAAAUCAACUGAAUGAAAAACUACAACCAAAAGGUUUUUCAGGGACGAAUUUUAUUGCUAUUUCAGUUAUUUUUGUAAUAUUGAACAGACAUGACUUUGGCGGCUAAAGCCUCUUUGAAUAUGUACCAAAGUUUAUAAAAAUCUUACCUGUAAUGGGAAAAAAAACUAAAUUAGUUUUAAGACUGUAGAUAUAAGAAUAACUUUGAAUUGUAAUGUAUUUAUUGAAUUGUUGUUAUAAAUGCAUUUGAAAUUUGAGGAUGUUACAACGUAUGGUCAUUGGUUUUGUUGAAUUUUAUUUCUUUCUUUUUUAAUUUUUUUUUUUUUUUUGUUGGUUUUACAGUUUACUGGUUUUUUUUAAUGUUUACGAAUGAACCAUAUCAAAUUUGCCACUUGUAACUCGUUAUUAAAUUCUUCCUGAUUUA